UGAUAUAAAGCUCGUGCACUAAACUGAACUGCUGCUCUGACCUGAAUUGACCUUGGAGAUCAAUAAAUCCAAGAGUUUGUGGUUAAUCUCUGAGGAAGUGUCUCGCACUCUUAGCAUUAGCGACACAGAUAUUAGUUUUUCUUUUUUUUUUUUUUUUAAUCCCUGUAUUCGUGCUCCACACUGCGGUAAAAGUAGGCCGAAAUGUCACUGACUGCCUGACCCGCUUGUACACCAUUUCUGACGUCACGCCACUCUGACAGAGGGGUGGAGUUUCGACAAGUUCUGGAUCUUUUUUGACCCUGCAGGCCUCCGUAGAUUGGUCGCUAACGCAUCAGUUCCCAUGUGCUAACGCCAGUUAACCGGAAAAUCGAGUGCUUUUCAGCAGAAAAAAGGUGACUAAAGGGACCGUACAGGCUGACCUGUUUCUGCAUGCUGGGGCGGCCAUUCCUGCUCUUCUCUUGCCGCCUGUUUUCUCCCUACACUCGAUCCGUAAGGUCAGAUCUUUGGAGUUUGGGUGGCAACGCCGGCGCCAGCAGGAGGCUCAGAUCCAUGGAAGCCGAGGUUACCACUGCCAACCCUCCCCCCACGCCUGCUGCAUUCUCAGCUGCAGACACGAGUUCAGACGCCGCAGUUCAGGAGAAGACCGCCGCGGUGGAGCUGUUACCUGGAGAGACGGUGGUCAGGGAAGGGAAGGCGGCCAUCUUGUUUCCCAGUGCCAAUGAGGUGUUUUACAACCCAGUCCAGGAGUUUAACCGGGAUUUAACAUGUGCUGUGAUCACAGAGUUUGCGAGAGAUUUGCUGACUCAGCGCGGAGUGAAGGUGGUGGUACCCGGAGAGACGGAGCGGGUGGUCGUUUCCCUGUCAGACGACAAGAGCGAGGCUGACGUCCAGGCUGAGCAGAACAACGGUGCGGAGGAGCCUCUGUGUUCUGUAACGGCGGGGGAGAAGUGCGAGCAAGGUCUUCGUGUCUUGGAGGGCCUGGCGGCGUCUGGUUUGCGGUCGGUGCGGUUCGCUCUGGAGGUUCCCGGCCUGCACAGCGUCACUGCAAACGACUUCUCCUCCAAGGCGGCGGACCUCAUCGCUCGGAAUGCCCAGUACAACGGCGUGGGUCACCUGCUGCAGGCCAGCUGCAGGGACGCCAGCAUGCUGAUGUACGAGAUGCGUAAGAAGAAGGACCGGUACGAUGUGAUCGACCUGGAUCCCUACGGCAGCCCCGCCGGGUUUCUGGAUGCCGCCGUGCAGGCUGUGAGUGAAGGAGGUCUGCUGUGUAUAACAUGUACAGACAUGGCUGUGAUGGCAGGAAACAGUGGAGAGACCUGCUACAGCAAAUACGGCUCUGUGUCCAUCAAAGCCAAAUACUGUCAUGAGAUGGCCCUGCGUAUAAUCCUGCACAGUCUGGAUCAGAGAGCGGCUGUGUACCAGCGCUACAUCCAGCCUCUGCUGUCCGUCAGCGUGUACUUUUACAUCCGGGUCUUUGUGCGUGUCUUCACCGGACAGGCGACCGUUAAAAACUCAGCCAGCAAACAGGCUCUGCUGUACAACUGCGUUGGCUGCGGGUCUUUCCAUUUGCAGAGAAUGGGCCGGAAAACAAUCAACGGAAAAAAUGUGAAGUAUUCGGCUGCCACCGGACCACCCGUGGGCCCCGAGUGUGAGCACUGUGGACACAGACAUCAGCUGGGAGGACCCAUCUGGGCUGAACCCAUCCACGACUCCAGGUUUGUCCAAAAAGUGUUGUCUGCUGUGGCGGGGAACCCUUCCAGAUUUGGGACGUCCAAGCGUAUCGAGGGCGUGCUCAGCAUGGUGACGGAGGAGUUGGAGGAUGUGCCUCUUUACUACACUAUCGACAACCUGAGCAGCACCCUGCACUGUAACACUCCACCCCUGCUGCAGUUCAGGUCCGCUCUGCUUCAUGCUGGUCACAGAGUGUCUCUGUCUCACGCCUGUAAAAAUGCCAUCAAGACAAACGCUCCUCCUGCUGCCAUCUGGGACAUCAUGCGAUGCUGGGAGAAGGCAAACCCCGUGAAGAAGGAGAAGUUGUCUCCCACCAGCCCCGCAUUCAAGAUCCUGUCCUGUGAGCCCAGCUUUGAAGCCUGUUUCACGGUAAGAGAGGACGCCAACCCUCAGUCCCGUAAACGCCAUUUGACCCGGUUCCAGGAGAACCCUCAGGCCUUCUGGGGACCCAAAGCUCGAGCCAAAGCCGGAGGAGGCAUCAGCACGGACCUGCAGGAUAAAAGGAAGAAAUACCAGAACAAGAGAAAGAUCACAGACUCCUCUCAGCUUAAGAACUUCCCCUGCAAAAAGUUCAAAAAGGGAACGUGUGAUCAUGGAGACCAGUGCUGCUACUCCCAUGAAGAAAUGGAAACCAGUGCAGAGAAAACUGAAUGACUAUUCAUUUUUUUUAAAAUUAUAUAUCGUUUUGGUUUAUUGCAGUUUGAAUGUCUGCGCCGCCUGCAAGACUCAACGACCUGCUACUCUACAUAUUUAAUUUCCUAUAAAGGCAGAGCAGUUAGUUUUUUCAGUUUGUACUCCACUUUGAAAGCAAGAAUUUAUUUUUGUGUUGGAAACAGCAGGUCUGGAGCCCAAACAGGAAGUGCACCUGUGGUCAUGUGACUCUAUGAGCCUCAAUGAGGCUAAACCAUAAAAACUUUUUCCUCCAAUUUAAAAA